AAAAAAAAUCCCGGAGAUGCUGUCGUCGCCUGGGAAAACAAACAGCCACCCAGACAAUUAAAAAGGAAAACACCGAUCGGUCGCCAGGUAAGGAGGAGGCUUGUGGACUUCACCGCGGCGCUUGGCAUCUGGUGAGAGAAUGAAUGCUGAUGACUGCAAUGGACGCUCAUAUGCACAAGGUAAUGGAGGAGAGUCAUCAACGGAACAGGAUUUUUAUGGCAGGUUGCAGGGCCCUUCAGUGACAUCUCCAAACAGUCAGCAGUCCUCACCACACCGCUCCCUGAGUGCAAACUCCAUCAAGGUUGAGCUGUGCAGCGACGAUGAGUCACCAGGUGCUCCACAGCCAGAGAACAGAGAGGCUGUGACGGAUGAUAGCGGGAGGGAAGACAGAGGGGACCCCAUGGAAGAAGGGAGCGCAGAGUACCCAGGGGCAGGAAGAGACAGUGGGAGCAUUUACAAUGAGAUGGCCAGUCCAAAUGCUGCUUCACCAGGACCUAUCCGGCUGCCCAAUGGGAAGCUCCAGUGUGAGGUGUGUGGGAUGAUCUGCAUCGGACCCAACGUGCUGAUGGUGCACAAGCGUAGCCACACAGGUGAGAGGCCUUUCCAGUGUAACCAGUGUGGAGCUUCCUUCACCCAGAAGGGGAACUUGUUGCGCCACAUCAAGUUACAUUCGGGAGAAAAGCCUUUCAAAUGUCCCGUUUGCAACUACGCUUGUCGCCGGAGAGAUGCCCUGGCUGGACAUCUACGCACACAUGCAGCUUCUUCUCCAACGGUGGGAAAACCUUUCAAGUGCAGCUACUGUAGUCGCAGCUACAAACAACAGAGCACACUCGAGGAACACCUAGAGCGCUGCCAUAGUUAUCUGAAGAGUCUAGACCACCAGACAGCAGUCAACGCACAGACAGCACAGGGUGAAGAGUCAGUAAAUAUGGAGACAUUAUCUAAACCUGUGCUCGAGCCAUCCAAUGAAAAACUCCAGUUUGUGGAUAGACUGGCUAUCAGCAUUACCAAACGCAAGAGGUCAACGCCACAGAAGUUUUUAGGUGAAAAGCACAUGCACCUUGACCUACCCGAAGCACCUUACGAAUUGUCCUCUGGCUCUGAGAAGGAGGGGGACCUCAUGAGCUCUCGGCCUGCCGGGGACUCUGCUGGGUUGGCUGGUUCACAUCACCAAGGCGGCAGGGGUAAAGGGGAGAACCAUGAGCCGCCUGCACUGUCUCAGCUCCAUCCUGCCUUCCUGUCGGAGCUACGCACGGUUAUGGGCUCCAUCAAAAGCAACGUGACUCCUCAGGGCCCCCGAGCACAUGGUGGAGGUGGGCUGGCAGCAGUGUCCCUUGGCCUGGCUGGGAGGGAGGCAGGUGAAGGCCGUGAUGACCAACGCUCAGCCCAUAGCCACACCGCCUCGCCCAACGGCUGCCCCGACUCUACAGACACAGAGAGCACAGCAGAAGACCAGAGCACAAGGGCUACAGCCCCGACAAGUACCUCCAACAACCACCACCUCCACUACCAAACCCCAGCACUGCCCCGCAGCCAUCCCACUUCCAGCCCCAGGCAGGCCAAAGACUUGGAGUGGGAGAGAGCGUGUCCUGUGCCCCCCACCAUAGCAAAGAGGAGCCCUGUCACACCCCUUUCUUCCAGGGAGACUGUGCAGGUGUUAGACAGGGAUGGCCGGCCUGUGCGCUCCUUCCACUGCCGGCACUGUCGCAUCCUCUUCCUGGACCAUGUCAUGUUCACCAUCCACAUGGGUUGCCACGGCUUCCGCCAACCCUUUGAGUGCAACAUCUGUGGCCACCGCAGCCAGGACCGCUACGAGUUCUCGUCUCACAUCAGCCGCGGAGAGCAUCAGGUGGGCUGAGGAGAGGGGAUAGUGGUCGGACGAUGAGAGGUGACUGUUGCUCUCUAAAGUUGUAGGCUCCUGUUUGUUCUGCACCAGAUCAGUUGCUUUAAAUCCCAAGUGUAAGUAAAAGGAUUUGUGAUUUUAUCGUGAGAUUAUUUAUUAAACUAAAGUGAGUGAAAAAUCCUUUCACCGCACCAUUUAAAGUUUAGUGGAGGCAAAUUACAUUCUAUGAUUGAUUGCACUCCCAUAUCAAAUCAUCUGGCAAAACUACUGGUUUUGCUUCAAAAGUGCCUUCUUUGGGGAUUUCCUCUUAACAAAAAAAAACUGGAAGGGAACUGGUGCUCUAAAAUCUUGACUAGCCAUCUUUUGCUAAGUGAUUUUGUUAGCACCUUUUAGAGGUCAUGUGCACAGGCAGUUAAGGAAAGCAUGGCAUGUACAUUUUAAGUACUCUAUUUGGUAUGCUUAGUAUGCACUAAGAGCUUUGUUUUUGUGGUUGAGGAGGGUACUUUGUGUCGUGUGUCAGGUAAGCUUAAUAUGCACUGAGAGCUUUGUACCUCUGGGUUUGGGAAGAGCUUUUGUCACAGACGAAGCACAGAAAUGGAUUGCCUUAACUCCUACAGUAGUACGCUGCUGGAGGAAUACAUUGUUUACAGCACGUGUGAAGUCACCUCAGAAGAGAAUAUUUGCAGCUGCACAGUGAGACUAUCAGGACAAAGCGAAAUCAUGAGGGAAAUGAACUUGAAAACAUUCAGGGCCUUCAGGCCUCAGAUGUAAAAUAGGUUUUUGGAUUUUAAAGUGAGUCUUAGAAUACUGGUGCAGAUCAGACCACGAGCCAUGUAGUGUACAGUAGAGCCUGACUGAGAUGGCCCAGGGUGCUAUACCUAUACAGGAUUGCACUUUUAGGUUCCCUGCUUAUAUAUGAACAUCUUUGCCGAAGCACUUGAUGGCUUUACAAUUUUUUUUCUGUGAUUGUUCUACUGCACUGAUAAAUCGCAUAAUACUCACAAUAAUUGAUCAUUUAAUUUGCAACACCAGUGUAUUUUUAACGGAGCUGGCCUUCUACAGAAUCCCACAGCGUUGCACUGGUUCUGCGGUUCUACACUCAAGUUUGCUGCAAUGUGUGACUGAGAAUUAAAUAUCAGUUCAACUACACAAAUAAUUUUGUGGUUUUGCACUCAGCAGUUAAGGCUGAGAUUUUAAACACUUUGCGUAAUGUAAGUGAAUUAACAAAUUAAUUAUUUAAAAAGGAAUUAACAAAUCAGUUUGGAUCUGUUUGGUUAUCACUUGUGAUUAUCUAUUUAGUGUUGUUUGUUUCAGCCUUGGUGUAUUUAAUCAGCUAUAUUCCAAAUCUUAUCCAGCAUAUUCCUCAAGUCCAUGAAAUGUUACCUCCUGCUUCUUUAUAGCACCCAAAUACCUUAUUGCUACAGUAUGGUGAGUUAUCUGAUAAUGUUAAUAUUGGGAACGUGAAUGAGACCAAACUCAGUAUUCUUACUUGUUAUUGUGGGUUUGCUGCUUCAUAGUUUAACUUAAUUUCCUUCGAUCGCAGGCAAAAAAUAUACUUGAAACUGUUUGAGAAAAAAAGUAACCUAAAAAUGCACUUGGUUUGAUAAGUAGAGAAAUGUGUGUGAAUGGAAUAUAGCAUGUGUGCUUGUCAUUUUCUGCUUUUCCCUGAAUUGUGAAUUAUUUUUGAAAUGUGAAGUAAUUUCAAGAAGUGAAAAUGAGGCAUGGAUUUUUGUCUCCUUGUGUGGACUUUUCAAUGUUAUAAGAUAUUUUGUGAAUGAUGUAACAUGACAAAACACUUUACCUCAAAGUUAAAGAUGUACAACUGCCUCAUUAUUUCAACAAGUCAUGUUGCUUUCCAAGAUGUUCUUGCAGUUACAAACGCGUGCCCCUUCGAUAUUCUCAAAACUUUUUACUGUCAAUAAAGUUGAGUUUAUUGUAAAA